CAAUCAAAUCUCGAGUGUGAAAACUUUUGUGUGCCACAAGUCGAGCAUGGCCUUUCACAUCAGCCUGUUGGUUCUUUCAUUAGCAAGCUCAUGGGAAUCGCGAUAGAGUGAGACGAUUAAUGGGUAAAGUGUCUCGAUGCAAAUUUGCCCUCCUGUCAUAGUUACCGUCUACGUUUUGCACUGGCAGGUUGAUAAUUAAACCUUUGCCUUCGCCAAGAAAAUGCGGGAAACUCUAGCACCAGUGAAAUGCGUCGUACAAGAAAAGAAUGCCAAUGUAGACGUGAAUAUAAUCAGGAGGGAUCGUGCUAUUUUAUAUCGUGUACAACCGAGAAAAGUCAUGACUGUUCGGAAAGAAUCUUUGAAAUGGAAACAGGUUCCUGUGCCACAGGUCGAAGAGCUCAUUACUGUUGUCUUGGAUCAAAAUGACAAACAAUCUUCUUCAAAGUAUCAGUCAAGACCCUCCAGUAGUGCGUCAUAUUCUCAGGGACAGUCUCCCAGGCACACAUCUAGUCCCCUAUCACCUGAGCCUCCAGUACAGCGGGCCGGUAGCGCCGUGAGAACUAACGGAGGAAGGACCCAAUCAGCCAGGUCCAUAGGGACACAAACAUGUCUUGAGAGGGCAGCUAGCGCAGGCGCAGUGAGAGAAAAACCUCCAGCGCCGGAUAACAGACCACGUGACAGGCCAGGUUCGUCUUUUAGCAACCAUAGUGUAACAUACAGUUCCCGAAGUGCCUCCUGUCAGCCACCUCGCAUGUACGAACGAGAAGGAAUACGCACUGCAGCGAAAUUGAACCGACCGCCGAGCAAGGUCUACCUCUGCCAGGAAGAACGGGAGCGGGUACGCUCGACAGGGCGCCCGAAGACCCCGUCGAGAUUCGACGGAACGCCGGUUGAGCUGCCAAGCUUUGUGAGAACGAACAAAUUUCUCCGACACGAGGAUUUGAGCAUGGGACAGAAGCAAUACAUCUGGGGAGUGGCUCGGAUCUACUCUGUCACCCAACUCAUGAAUCUUAAGCAAAGGCAGUAUCAGAAUCUACUGGAUUAUGAAUUUAGUAGAAGAAUUCAAAAAAAAGAGCUGAAAGAACACGAGAGAGUGAAAGAGUGGAAAGAUUACCAGCGCUACUCCAAGUUUAUCAAAAGAUACGAGCAGCGGAUUCCACGGAACAGGUCAAGCCCAGCACGCUCACCUUGCGAGGAAGCCUCGCAUGUUCACAGACAUAUGAUCAAAGGUUGGACCACAGACCCACAUGCAAAUGAAGCUUAUAGACCAUCCAGUAAAACGGGUUAUGGCGCCAGGGAGCGACAAACGUCUCCUGAUACCCCCCCUGAGAGUACGCGGGAAAAAGAAGAGGAUGGUUUCAGUAGUGAAACUGAGCAGUACAGGCUCAGGUUGAUUUUUUUGCCGGGAGACAAUGAGAAGAACGGGACCGAAGAUGUUACGACAGAAUCCGCGACAGUAGAACAAAAUAAUCCUCAAGACACAGGAGAAGGGAGCGUUCUUAAUGCACCUAAUGAAAACGAUGAAAGGAACGAUACUCCGGUAGAUGCAGAACGGAAAGAAGAAGAAGAGCCUUCAGCUGAUAGCGAGAAUUACCUUUAGAUUGGUGGAAAUUACGCAAUCAGAUUUUGUACAGUGUGUGUAAUUCUAACUAAAGAUUGAUAGAAAUCGAAUCGACCGGAUAAUUACCCCGUUUCCAGGCGUUCACGGAGUAAAACGAAGCGCGAUAUUAAGCGGCUCGAUAGUAGCUAACCCCUAGGCUUCCCUCGUUUGUCGCUAUUAUUAAUAUUAUUAUUAUUAUAAUAUAAUAUAGUAAUAUAUUACUAAUUUGCCGCUACUGUCGCACCGUUAAUUUCGCACCCAGAUUCCACAGUAUAACUUAACAACCGCGUGGCCAUGAAAGGUCUGGGUAGGAGUUUAUUGCGCUGUUUGCUAUUUCGCUCAGAUUUCGCACCGUUUUACUUGCUGAACGCCUGACACUGGUUACUAGAUAACAUAUUGGUUGUUUUCUUUUCUUAAUUUACAAAUUUAGAAAGUGAAAUAUAUGUAUUUUGUAUGAAAAAGAAGAUAGGGAAUAGAGUGAUUAAUGCAUGAGCUUCUACAUAGGGGGGCAGUGAGAUGUUUACUGCGCGUCAGGCGCGCAUUGCAACGAUUGAGUGUCGAAAGAAACCAGGCAUUGCAUUGCAUGAAAGCGGUAAGUUUCUAAAGAACUGUGGUGCUGUGUCAGUGGGAGAGUAUUGCAGGAUAAUUUAGUAUCAUCAAAUGAAUUGAUAAAGAAAACUGGCCACGGUAAAGAGUUUCAAAGCUGACGUUUCGAGCGUUAGCCUCUCGUCAGAGCUAAUGAGGAAGGGCUAACGCUCGUAAAGUCAGCUUUGAAACUCUUUACGAUGGCUAAUUUACGUUAUCAACUCAGUUGAUAGUACUGAUAGAGGGUACUUAAAUGUGGUGACGUCAAACUUCAUACCUGUCGAGUAACUGUCUCCGCUUUCAAGUGCAUUCGGAUGUGCGUGAAGAGUGGAGAGCAUUUUGCAGGAAAGAUUUGUCAUGUAAAACACUAAACCUUUGUUUUCGAACA